GAUUUUAUUCUUGUCAACUUUUUAAUACAUAUUAUAUCACACCCGCACUCAUUUCCCCCGACUGAAUAACUCAUGGACGGCGCUACAGAUAUACCGACCAGCGUCCGCGUGUUCAACAACCCGAUUAUAUUGGAGGGUAUUGUCAAAUAUCUUGAGCUGAAAGACCUCGAGCAGCUGAGCAGAACUUCCAGAUACGCCUGGCGGCACGUCAUUCCUAAAAUGUGGGUGGAACCAGCCUUGAACACCAUACCGGGAUUCCGAAGCUUCAGCACGGUUGUGGGGAAUCCGCUUGCUAUAACAAUAGGAAAGCAUUUAACGUACGGCGAUAUUGUGCGGACAAUAGAUCUCUCGAUGCUUGGCGGCAGGUGGGAGAAGGUCGGCAGCUUGCAGAUGGUACCCAUCUUCAAGCACUGCCCGAACAUGCGCAAGCUCAACAUGAAUUUGUGCCAGCACAUUUACAACGAGGCAUUUGUCAAAUUGUUCAAAGACAAUCCAAACUUGUGCAGCUCGCUCAAAUUCUUGGACAUUAGUGAGACUAUGCUGACUGAUGAAUCUUUGGAGCAAAUUAUCCAUAUGACUCCCAACCUUACCACUUUGGUCAUCAACGAGACAUCCGCAUCCCAUCGCACGAUGGGGGCAAUUGCACAUACUCUGGGCGAUCUCGAAUGGUUGGAGAUUGAUUGUUGUCACGAUAUCAGGGCAGAGGAGCUUAUAGAUGUGGGGAAAUCGUGCACGAAGCUGAGCCAUUUGAUUGCCACUGGUGAUAUGAUUGACAGGGAUGACGACGCGGUUGAACUAAUCGAUCGGAUAAAUGAGCAUGGGGAGUGGGAGGAUGAUGGCUUCGGAGAUGACGAUGGUUACAGCGAGUACGAUGAUGAUAAUGGUUACGACGAUUACGAUGACUUUCACGGCCAUGGCAACGACCUCGGUCACGAGGGAUACGACUCUGAUGGCGAGCCUGACUACGCGUACUGGGCCAAUGCCAUUAAUGGCCAAAGCGGAAUGUUCCGCUAAUAGAUGUUUUUAUCACUGGUUCGGAGUAAUAACAAACAGUAUUGAUCGUCAUUUUCUGUGCACUGAUCAAUAAAUCAAGGUUGAUCUGGU